AUGCCUUUUAAACCAGAGGUCCCCAUACUCCAGGUCGAGUCCGCCGCCAUUCACACCGUCGACACGCGCUCCGCCGAGCAAUUGUUUGGCCUUUGGUCCAUUUUCUCCAAGUGCUCCGACACCAUGGAAGAUGGCAAGCGCCUGGAAAACUUGAGCUGGCGCCUGUGGAACCGCGAGACGUUCUGCUGCGCUCCCGACCACAACAAGCCCUUGUUUGCCGCCCCUCGCUGGACUUUCACGCGCAACAGCUCUGAGUCCGAGUCUCUGUCCAUGCCCGCUCUGUCGUCGAGUGUCGACUCGGACGACUCUUCGGACGAGCGUGCCGACUGCGCAACUCUCGACACCCCGUCAUUUUCACGCCCGGAAAUUCGCAGGCAAGACUCCACCGACAGCCGCAGCAGAGGUAACGAGAAGCACCUCACUUCCGUCGACCUCGAGAGCCUAGUCAUUUCCAUAAAACAGAAGAAAGAGCUGGAGCCUUUGCAACCAUUGCCCAUGCCCCCACCUGUCCAGGCCAGCGAUCUGUGCGAAAACAUUGCGGACGAACAUGACACGACUCCCCAAAAGGCUCCCGCGCCGGCUACCGUGGCUGCCCAGUCAUCGACCUCGACCGUCGCCACGGCUCUCGACAGUGACUCGUCGAAACAAAGCCAAGUCAUUGAAUCCGACACGAGCACCUCCACCGAGAACAGCACUCACAGCGUCGUCCGCGGCUUUUCACCCGGCCGCAUCUCGUCCUCGUAUAGGUCUAGAACCAACCUGCAGCAAGACGCUCAACAAGCGGCGGCUGUUCCCACUCCCAUUCUAAAGCAGCAGCAGUCGCAUUUCAGGCCUGAGCCUAAGAAGAAGGGUGCAAUGUUCACUCUUGGCGGAUCGUCCGACGAGGAUGGCCAGAGUUCCCUCGAGACUCAUAUGCAAAUGAACACUCUGCGCAGCUCGUUGUCUGCCGGUUUGAAGAGGCCCUACAUGGGCCGGAAGCAAACGUCAUUCAAGGACGAGAUCCAGACCCGCAUGAUCAAUGAUCCCAAAGCAUAUGAGAGCGAAGGCGUCUUCGAGAGCGACAGUGAGGAAGAAGUUUCGGAGAGUGCAAUUGAGGAGGAUGACGAUGACCAGUGGGAGGAUUCCGAGGAUGAAAGUGGACCCUCCAGCGUCAAUGACAAGGUGUCAUUCCAGAGAGUCGACUCGAAACCAAACCUCACCUCCCGCCGCUCGCUCCUCACCUCCCUGAUGCACGAGGGUGACCGCGCCCAAGCUCUGCAAAACGCAGCUUCUCAGUCCACGCCAGCGAUGCGCCGGUCAAGGACCUCCACACUGAACGGCCCGAUGGGCGCUACCCCCGAACCCCACACGUUGCGCUACGAGCCAUCAAAGCAGUCGUCGCAACGGCAGCAGCUGCAGUCUCAGCAGCAGCAGCAGCAGCAACAACAACAACAACAACAACAACAACAACAACAACAACAACAACAACAGCAACAGCAACAGCAACAGCAACAACAACAACAGGCGCAGCAGCAGUCGCAGCAACCGCAGGAAAGCCAAAUUCCUCGGUCCAAGCCUAUCAUCAUGACUACCUCCAACACUCACGCUCCUCCUGCACUUUCUCCUCGGACUACUAGGCGGAACAUGCUUACGACAGAGUUGACGGAAUCUCUUCGCAAGCAUCUCCUCUGGGAACGCCAGCAGAAGAACUCGACCAACAAUGCAGUACUCAAGAGGAGGCAUACUUCAACCGACGUGAAGAACCUUAAGCACUACCCUGGCGAGCCUCAACCGGCGCCUCUUGCAGUCGUCAAGGAAUCGGCCGCCAAGGGCAACAACUCCUGGACCACGAAUGGAGCAAACUACUUCGACAGUGGACUUCAGGAAUAUCACGAGAGGGGUUGGUAA